AAAUCAACCACCAAGUGCGAAACUAUUAUGAAAUUAAAAGCAUCAGUCGCAGCAGGUUUACUGGCAUUUUUAGCCAGCGUACACGCUAACGAGAACAACGAGCCUUCAGAUGUUGUUUCUCUCACCAAAGACACCUUCAGCGACUUUGUCAACUCAGACUUAUCACUUUUGAGUUUCACCGCCCCAUGGUGUGGUCACUGUAACCGUCUCAAGCCAGAAUACAAGAGUGCAGCUUCAACUUUGAAGUCAAAAGACAUCCCAUUGGGUAAUGUCGAUUGUACAGAGCAAGCUGAGCUUUGUGCAGAACACGAAGUAGGUGGCUACCCUACUCUCAAGGUUUUCAGAAAGGGUCUCUCAACUCCUUACGGUGGCACCAGGAAAGCUGACGGUAUUGUCAGCUAUAUGACCAGACAAUCCCUCCCAGCAGUCUCUUCCAUCACCCCACAAAACCACGACGAGUUCAAGCAAUCUGACAAGGUCGUCGUCAUCGCAUACAACCUCAAGCCAAACAGCGACUUGUACAACACAUUCCACUCAACCGCCAACACCCUCCGCGAUAAGCACCUCUUUGGUGAGACUGAAGACAGCACCGUUGCUAAGCAAGCUGGUGUCUCAGGUCCUUCCGUUGUCAUCUACAAGUCCUUCGACGAAGGCCGCAACGAUGUCGACACCAAGUCACUCGAUGAGAAGACCCUCAUUGACACCAUCUCAGUCAACUCAGUUCCUCUCAUCGAUGAGGUUGGACCAGAAAACUUUGCUCACUACGCUACAUCUGGUCUCCCAUUGGCUUACCUCUUCGUCAACCCAGAGGAUCCAAAGUUGGAGUCACGUGUCGAAGAGCUCAAGCCGGUUGCUGAGGAGUACAAGGGCAAGAUCAACUUUGUUUGGAUCGAUGGUGUCAAGUUUGUUGAACACGGCAAGGCCCUCAACUUGGUUAAGGACGAAUGGCCAGGAUUUGUCAUCCAAGAUCUCGUUGAAGGCAACAAGUAUCCAUUUGACGCCACCAAGGACGUAAACAAAAAGAACAUUGCUUCAUUCGUCAAGGACUACUCAAAUGGUAAGAUCCAACCAUCAAUCAAGUCUCAACCAAUCCCAGAGGAACGCGUUGUAGAUGGUGUUUACCAAUUAGUAGCAGAUGAGUACGAAAAGGUUGCACUCGAUGACAAGAAGGACAGCUUGGUUGCUUUCGUAGCUGGCUGGUGUGGUCACUGCCGUGCUCUCCAUCCUAAGUACAAUGAGCUCGGACAACGUUUCUCAGGAGAUGAUGGUGUUGUAAUUGCAAGAUUUGACGCAACAGAGAAUGAUGUUCCAGACAACUUCAGCAUUACUUCUUUCCCUACUAUUAAGUUGCAACCAGCUGGUACUAAGGGUUGGAUUGACUACGAAGGUGACAGAAGUGUUGAAGAUUUGGAAGAGUUCCUUAAUAAGAACAGAGCAACCAAAUCAUCAUCACAAGCUGAACAAAAACCUGCUCACGAUGAGCACAAGAAGGAUGAACUUUAAAGCCUCUGCAUGAACUUUGAAGCGUUUGCAUGAACUUUAAAGAAAGUGUUUGCAUUCAUCAAAAAUACCUUUUAUUGAUUUUAGGCAUUCUCACUUUGUAAUCACGAAUAUAAAUUCCAAACAUUCUAAUGAAAUACAUGC